AUGACGCCAUUUCCUCAUACUGUCACAGACAUGUACAACCUUGGGGUGUAUUGGAUCAGUCCUGAGUUAAACCAGGAGGAGGAAGGAAAGUUUAGUUUUGACUGGGAACUGUGUUUGGCUGGUUUGCUGGAUGAACUCUUGGCUCAGCACAAGGGACAGGGUCAGACUGCAUCUUUCACCACCAAGACCAGCUUGCACUAUGCAACUACAAGCCUGAUAAACAAAAGCCUGUGCACAAGUUUUGAAAGGAAGGUGACCAUCACUUUCUGUGAUCUGAGCAUUUUUUGGCGAACACCUCAGCCACCCCACAAAACAGAUGUCCCUCUCAUUGUUAUGUCCACACCGCUGGAGGAUGCAAUGGACACCUUGAUCAGGAUUUUCCAUCACUACUCUGGCAAGGAAGGAGACAGACAUAAGCUCAGUAAAGGAGAACUCAAGGAGCUCCUCACCAGCGAGCUUCCUUUCAGUACAUCCUGCCAGACAGAAGGAGAUGAGAUCAAGGUCUGCUUUGAGAAGUGUGUUUUCAGAGAGUUGCCCAGCCCCGGUGUCCUGCCAUGUGCCACCAGCAGCAGAAACAGGCCCCAAAGGACCCCCAUCUGGUUGAUAAGAUUAUGAAAGAUCUGGACUCCAAUAAAGACAAUGAAGUGGAUUUUCACGAAUUUGUCAUUCUGGUUGCUGCUUUGACUGUGGCAUGUAAUGAUUUCUUUGAAGAACAGCUUAAGAAAGAGGGAUUUUAAAAAUGCUGAAUACACAAAUGCUAGCAAAGCAUGCCUAGUUAGGUAGCCCUCAUCAGCAUUUAGUGAAUGCAAAACAUCAUCCCUCCAACUGUUAACUGCUCUAAGACAUUUACAGAGCAGACCAGCAGCUGGUGUAAGCUGGACCAAUGCCAGUUUACACUACUUGAGGUCUGCCUUUAAUAUUUUCAGGUUUUGUGCUGCAUGCAUUUGUAACAUGUAUUCAUCAGUUGCCGAGGUCAAGGGCUUGGUGUGACAGAUCAUUUGGCAGAAGCUGAGACUUCUUUUGCUUAACUGCCAGUGGAAAGUAAAAGGCACGGGAAUGUUACUUACACACUUUCUGAAUUGGAAAAUUUGGAAUGAGACAUAAAACUUGCAAUUAAGUUUUCAGUCAUUCUAUAACAAUCAUAUUUCUUGCAGCUCAAAAAAAGCAGCUUGGGUUUUGCUCAGCUCUGCUUAUUCUAAAGCCCUUUUUAGAUGCUGCUCUGUACCUCCCUACGCUCUUGUAUUUCAGAUGUGGUCACAGCUGUCUCCUGCUGCCUGAGCAGACGGUACUGCUUGCCAUUGUUACGGGUUCAUUUCCCUCACUUCCCCUGCUUCAAUUUUGUUGUGUUGGCAUUACUGCAUCCCAGUAGUCCACCUCUUCAUUCAGCAUAAAUGAAUUUAUUCAUAUGUUAAAUUAUUCAAAUACAUAGAAGAUUUAGUCAGCAAACUGCUUUGAGGGCUGAUGGAAGGACUGGGUCUUCAGGGGAAAUGUAAAUGCCUUCUGCUUUCACAAUUCUGGCACCCUUAACAGGAGGACUUUUAGAGGACCACUUGUGGGGUAUUUAAUGAUAGGGUCUCAGGGUACAGCUUUGUAAUGUGAGUCAUUUUGUGGAACAAUGAUUUCAUCUUACAGUGAUCCAAAACAUUGCAUGGAAGCAGCGCAAACGGGGCAGUGGGACCCUUUAGCCAGGCUUGGAGAGAGUAGAAAAAAUCCCUUUCAGUGCUAACCUACUCUUGGGUUGAAUUAAAAGUACUUCUGCACUCUUGUUUGAAUUAAGCAUACUUCCAAACCUCUGUGAAUCCUCACUGACAGGGUGUCGUGGCUUUUUUCUUGCAUGGAGGGCUCUCUUUGUUUCUGGUUGUUUUAUGGUAACUUCAAACUAUAAUAAAAGGUGUCUGAAUUAAAUAAA